ACAGGAAUUCUCCCAAACAGUAAUGAUAUCAUUAUGGUCAAUGUGAAUAUUCAAGAUUCAGAGCUUGAUGAUAAUGAGAAUAACAUUAUUAUAUUACCAGAUGCUGAUGAUGUAAAUGAAUAUUUUGAUAGUUUUGAUCAAAAUGUACCAACUGAAGAAUAUCUUAAUGAUGAAGAAAUUAUAAGUCUUGUCCAAUUUGAAGAAAUGGGUGAAAAUGGUGAUGAUUCAUCACCAGAUGAAGAAAUACCUUUGAUACCAGUAAAAAAUACAAUUAAUGGUUUAGAAACAUUUAUUAAUUUUUUUGAGCAACAGAAAAACAAUGAAAAAUUUAAAAUUGAUGAUUUGCACAUUUUUAGAAAAUAUUUAG